GCGCCCGUAUACGAAAGGCAGUCUCGAGGCGCUGCUCGCGCACCAACUCUUCAGUCUUUUUGCUUCCCAUUUUGUACCAUACAGUACAGUACGUCCAUCGAAGUACUGACGUUUCGUUGUUUCGCUGUGCAUGGCCGACGUGUGCAUUCCGAGGUUCACAUUCGCGUGGUACCUGCUGUGUCACAAUUAUCGCAUUUAAAACGUUACAAUUACGGCGAACAUCAACACCGCCGAUACGAAAAGAAAAUUUCGUUAAUCCGGACUUUCACGGCGGUACGAACCACCAUCCCGGACUGCAUCCCCUCGUUGGUGGUAAAAGAUUAAUUUGGUAGGAACCCGUAAACCGCGACCACGCGACACAACGCGCAGCAAUGUCCCACGAGGAGACUUCCGCCGACCGCAAUGUCGAGAUCUGGAAGAUCAAGAAACUCAUAAAAAGUCUCGAAAUGGCUAGAGGAAAUGGGACAAGCAUGAUUUCGUUAAUAAUCCCACCGAAAGAUCAAAUAUCAAGAGUAAGCAAAAUGUUAGCGGAUGAAUUUGGAACAGCUUCGAACAUUAAAUCGCGUGUAAAUAGAUUAUCUGUUUUGGGUGCAAUCACAUCAGUCCAACAUAGGUUAAAAUUAUAUACGAAAGUGCCUCCAAAUGGCCUGGUUAUAUACUGUGGUACCAUUGUAACAGAAGAGGGAAAGGAAAAAAAAGUUAACAUUGAUUUUGAACCUUUUAAGCCUAUUAAUACUUCCCUAUAUCUUUGUGAUAAUAAGUUUCAUACUGAAGCUCUCACAGCAUUACUCGCAGAUGAUAACAAAUUUGGUUUCAUAGUUAUGGAUGGUAACGGAGCACUAUUUGGUACAUUACAAGGAAAUACUCGUGAAGUACUACACAAGUUUACCGUAGAUCUUCCAAAGAAGCAUGGCAGAGGUGGUCAAUCCGCUCUCCGUUUUGCUCGAUUACGCAUGGAAAAACGACAUAACUACGUUCGAAAGGUUGCAGAAGUGGCCACUCAACUCUACAUUAGUAAUGAUAAACCUAAUAUUGCCGGUUUAAUUUUGGCGGGUAGCGCUGACUUUAAAACAGAACUUAGUCAAUCCGAUAUGUUUGAUCCAAGAUUGCAAGCAAAAGUUAUAAAAUUAGUAGAUGUUUCAUAUGGCGGUGAGAAUGGUUUCAACCAAGCUAUUGAAUUAGCUGCUGAAUCCUUACAAAACGUAAAAUUUAUCCAAGAAAAGAAAUUAAUUGGUCGUUAUUUCGACGAAAUUUCACAAGAUACAGGAAAAUACUGUUUUGGCGUAGAAGAUACAUUAAGAGCACUCGAAUUAGGUAGUGUGGAAACACUUAUCUGUUGGGAAAACUUAGAUAUCCAACGAUAUGUUUUAAAAAAUCAUACAAACGCGGAAGAGAAAGUUUCCCAUCUAACACCAGAACAAGAAAAAGACAAAACUCAUUUUACUGAUAAAGAGAGCGGAGUAGAAUUGGAACUUGUAGAGUGUCAACCUCUACUUGAAUGGCUUGCAAACAAUUACAAGAGCUUUGGUGCCACCUUGGAAAUCAUUACAGACAAAUCUCAAGAAGGUUCUCAGUUUGUAAGAGGUUUUGGCGGCAUUGGAGGAAUCCUCCGCUACAAAGUUGAUUUCCAGUCACUGCAGGCUGAUGAGCCUCUUGAUGAUGUUGACCUCGAUGAUUACUAAUUUCAUCUGUGAAAUACUCAAAGUUGACCAGCUUGCAUAUUGGGAAAGGUAUACUGCGGUACAAAGUGGACUUUCAGAGUAUGCAGUUGGAAGAUGUUGAAGUUGAUAGUUUUGACCUGGAUGACUAUUAAACCUGUGACACAACAGACAGUUCUUUUAGCUUCAGAGGAAAACAUAAGUAUAUGUUCUCCCUUGCAUCAUAUUCAAGAGAGACAUAUAGAAGGACAUGUUUAUAAAAUUAUCAUAUGAUGCAACACAUACACAGACACACAUACAUACACACGUGCACAAAUACACAGAAAUACACGUGCAAACAAAAAGGAACACUUAAAAAAACACGUAUACAUCAUGAAAUUAUUCAUUAGAAUUCAUUCAAGCAAUCAAUACACAAAAGUGAGAAGCACAAGAUGUGGCGCGCCGAUAAUCCAUGUCCAUGAAGAAAAAAAAGGCAACUCGAAGACUGUGACACUUAAUUAAGCCAGCUUGAUACCUGCCUAUUCUCACACAACAUUACCUUGUAUUACAAUUAUAGUCUUUAAUUAUUCACAUGGAUUUAUUUAAAUAAUUACACGCGCUACAGUGCUGAAUAUGUUUGUACAGUACAUAAUUUGAGACAUCAUAAUUUUAUAUAAAAUUGAUGUUUGUCAUCUUAUUGUGAAUUUUAGGGUGAAAAAAAGAAAGAGUACUCUAACGGCAUGAAGAUGUAGCGUUAUUUUUGUUCAGACACAAUCAUAAAUAAGCUGUAAUAAAUGAUUAUUAUAAACUUGAAGUUGCGUAUCGUGCAUUCUAUACCGAUUACUAAAUUCAUAUGAAUAAUGAAGAGUUCUGUACAUAGACUUAAAUUUUUAAUGGCACUGUUGCCUUAGACAUAAGUUAAGAUCGUGUAAUAUCCCGGGAAAAUAAAACCUUUCCGUCUCAUCGAGUGAUACACAUAUAUAAACAUAAGAGAUAAUUUUCGUAAUCUAUAUUAACUUCGCUGGCUCUCAACUCAUAUUUUGUACACUCACAAAUGUAUAUAACAGAUGCUUCGCAUGUGUAUCAAGAUAUCUUUUUUGAUUGUUACAAACGGUGCACUCCAUUAGU